AGAUCUUGCUGUCGAAGGAAGCGAACACUUGGACAAUUUCCUCGUUGCCUGCUUGCCCUGUCUUCAACCACCAUUCCUUGUUACCAAAAACCACCGCUUAGAUUGAAAUAUAUCUGUCUAAACACAGAAAAAUUGAACAGGAAACAAGAAAGAGAGACAUGGGUUCUUUCUUAAUCCAAAGAUUCAUUGGGUCACCAAAAAUUUUCUUCCUUUUUCUUCUCGUUUCACAAUCUUUUGCCUCAGAAACAAUUUCUCUUGAAACCAUGAAGUCAACAGCCUAUGAUGUUCUCAAAGACUUCAACUUUCCAAUUGGUCUUCUUCCGAAAGGCGUUCUUGACUAUGAUCUUGACUUUUCAUCGGGAAAGUUCUCAGCUUCUUUCAAUGGUAGUUGUAGCUUCUCUAUUGAAGGGUCUUACCAAUUGAAAUACGCGAAUGCCAUUAAAGGGUACAUAUCGAAGGGCAAAAUUGCAAGCUUGGAAGGUGUUAGUGUGAAGCUUCUCUUCAUGUGGGUUAAUAUUGUUGAGGUCUCAAGGAGAGGAGAUGAUCUUGAAUUUUCUGUAGGGAUUGCCGCUGCUGGUUUUUCAAUUGAUAAUUUUGAAGAGUCUCCUCAAUGUGGAUGUGGGUUUAAUUGCAAUCAUCUGCAAGUAAGAAAGAUUAGGAAAAACCCUUUUGUUUCUUCUUAUUAGAAGAAGUUUGAAUGAGAGAAUUUUAGUAUUGAAGUCAUGAGUUAACUUUGAUUCUGAUCAAUGGAAUGGAUUGUGGUUAUUCUGGUAAAUGGAUAAUUUGUUUGUACUAGAAUUAUUUGUUGGAUACAUUUCUUUUAUGGUUGCUUAUUGCUUGAAA